CAUACCCUGUUACCUAAUGGGGUGUCGAAAAAUCGAAGGACCCACAGUAUAAGAAUGGCAUGCAGACGAACACCUGUCAGUUGUGCAGAAAUUGGGAAGUCGUGUGCGCAAAGCUAUGGCCCUCGAGAUAGUGUGUUGCUGGCUUUGCUGCUAUGCGGUGCCUUUGCGAUCGCGCAAAGUGCACUGGACGGGACGGACGUCGAUUGGUCCAAGGUACGGUCCAUCGACGAGUUCGAUCACUACUGGGCACGACUUCCACCGGAGCUGCAGCUGUAUCGCAAUUCGGAGCCAGCACCGGCGACGCGCAUUGCAAACGGAUUCCUUUCCACACCGGGCCAGUUUCCGUACCACGUAGUGAUGCUGGCUGAAUUUACACUGGGCACAGGACUUUGUGGUGGAACCGUGCUAACCAACAGCUACAUCCUCACGGCAGCUCACUGUGUGGCGGAAUAUUACGGUAUCAAGGCUAAUGGAGGUCUUGCGAUUAGCAGCAGCGCAUCCGGUUCGAAUCGGCAGGCAUUCACAAUCCAUCCUCAGUACUCGUACGUCAAUGUGCGUAAUGAUGUGGCGACCGUACUGCUGAACACACCCAUCAGCUAUACGGGCCGCAUUCAACCGAUCCGUCUGCCAGCUCCAUCCGAUCUGAGGACGUUUGCGUGUGCACAGGGAACGGUGACUGGGUAUGGGCGUACAUCGACCACCAGCAGCUCACUGUCGAGGUUCCUACGAUACGCGUUCAAUACGAUUAUAUCGAACGCCGAGUGUACUACGUACUGGUCACCGAUCUAUGUAGAUCAGCAGAAUAUGUGCAUGAGUGCGGCAAACGGAAGAUCACCGUGUAUCGGUGAUUCUGGUGGCGCACUAACUGUCAGUGAUGGCUCGGAACCGUUGCAGGUGGGCAUCGUGUCGUUCGGUGAGGCGGUAGGAUGCGCAGUUAGCAUGCCAACGAUUUAUGCGAGAAUCACUCACUUCUUGCCGUGGAUUUUGACCAACUCCGAUUACUGAGCAUUGGUGGAGAUGCGCUUGAAGUUUAGGUUUUAAUGUUGCCUCUUUCAAAAGUUAAAUUGAAGCCAAAACAAUCUUUAAACUAUUGAGGACUUAUUUAUAACACAAAUCACUUAAUAAAGGAUCACUUAAGCUAUCUCCUCGUUUUAAAGCGCCAUCUGUUGUUUGAUUGCUGGGUUCGAUUAUUUUACAAAAGAGGGCGCCUAUUUUCGUUGCUUGCUUAGCGAAGUACAAUAUCGACUCGAUUGGUGCCAACAGUUCGAGUCGCUGAUAUAGACGAGAUUCGUGUCUUUUUUAUUUUCAAGUUCCUUGAAGCGAUUUUUACUAGGAGUUUUUUUAAAACACCUUAGAGCUAGCUGUUCUUCCUUUUGCAUGUUUCAUGGUCAAUGGCUACUUCGAUCCUAGUGACAUCUUCUUUUCAUAUUUAGAUUCCUCAACUAAGUAUAUAUUUAGCGUUUCUUUCUUGCAUCAUGCUAUUAAAAGUCUAAUCACGAUAAUCCCGAAGAAAGUGUCCGAUUCUGUAAGUACAUAAACACUUUGAUUAGAUUGUACCGCACCUUCCAAAACAAACAAUUUUGUUUGGCUGACCACUCGCCAUCCCGCAAUGUCUGCGAAAGAUUAUCGGCCCUAGUUUUAUUUGGAA